UAUGCAUUGAUGGCAUGAAGAACACUAUGCUCUCAUCCCCAGUUUCCUUUUAGUGGCCGGUUCGAGAAGAACUGCCACAAGGGAAGGCUGUUACGCUUUCCCACACGCGCUUGCGCCCUUCGAGCACGAGUUCACGACAGCAGAUCGCUAAUUCACUCAUCAUGUCGUAUUGCACGCGAGUGCUUCGUGCACAGAAAUUGUCUGCCUUAGCUGCGGAUAUACAGCAACGAUGUUUCAGCGUAAGCCCAUUGAGCUUCGCUGCUGCGAAGGUGGCGAUGUCCAAAUUCGAUACAACUAGCUACUUGCCAUACGACAAACUAGAAGACAAUCUUAAAGUGGUUAAAAAGAGAUUGAAUCGGCCGCUCACUCUGUCUGAGAAGGUUCUUUAUUCCCAUCUUGAUGAACCUGACAAGCAAGAUAUUGUUCGCGGCACCAGCUAUCUUCGACUGCGACCAGACCGUGUCGCCAUGCAAGAUGCAACUGCACAAAUGGCGAUGCUGCAAUUUAUCAGUUCAGGCUUACCAAGAGUUGCGGUGCCGUCCACCAUCCACUGCGAUCACUUAAUCGAAGCUCAAAUUGGCGGCGAUCAGGAUCUGAAGCGUGCCAAGGACAUCAACAAGGAAGUCUACAAUUUCCUAAAAACUGCAGGUGCCAAAUACGGCGUCGGCUUUUGGAAUCCCGGCUCCGGCAUCAUCCAUCAGAUCAUCCUUGAGAAUUACGCCUUCCCCGGUUUGCUGAUGAUCGGUACCGACUCGCACACUCCGAACGGAGGCGGUCUAGGCUGUCUGUGCAUCGGUGUCGGCGGUGCCGACGCUGUCGACGUGAUGGCAAACAUCCCGUGGGAGCUCAAGUGCCCCAAAGUUAUCGGCGUAAAGCUCACAGGAGAACUGAAGGGCUGGACCAGUCCGAAAGAUAUCAUUCUCAAAGUAGCCGGUAUUCUGACCGUCAAAGGCGGCACUGGUGCCAUCGUCGAAUAUUUCGGCCCAGGUGUCGACAGCAUCAGUUGCACUGGAAUGGCCACCAUUUGCAACAUGGGUGCGGAAAUCGGCGCCACCACCUCGCUCUUCCCGUACAAUUACAGAAUGCAAGAUUACUUAAAGGCGACCGGACGCUCGGAAGUCGCCGCAGCAGCCGAUCAACACAAAAGUCUGCUGACGGCCGACUCCAACGCCAAAUACGAUCAGGUCAUCGAGUUAGAUCUGUCGACUUUAGAGCCGCACGUGAACGGACCUUUCACGCCGGACUUGGCUCAUCCGAUCUCUAAACUGGGCGAAACGGCUAAAAAGAACGACUGGCCAAAUGAGAUCAAGGUCGGCCUGAUCGGUUCCUGCACCAACAGCUCCUACGAGGACAUGGGUCGAUGCGCGAAUAUCGCCAAACAAGCUCUAAAGCACGGUUUGAAGGCAAAGUCUGCGUUUAACGUCACGCCUGGAUCCGAGCAAAUUCGCGCAACAAUCGAGCGCGAUGGAAUCGCCGAAACUCUUCGUGAAUUUGGAGGUACGGUGCUAGCUAAUGCGUGCGGACCUUGCAUUGGUCAAUGGGAUCGUCAGGACAUCAAGAAAGGAGACAAGAACACGAUUGUCACAUCGUACAAUCGAAACUUCACUGGUAGGAACGAUGCUAAUCCGGCGACACACGCGUUUGUUACCAGCCCCGAGCUUGUCACUGCCCUUUCCAUCGCCGGGCGGCUUGAUUUCAAUCCGGUCAAAGAUAGACUAAAGGGCAAAGAUGGAAAAGAAUUCCUUCUGGAUAAUCCGUACGGCGACGAAUUACCUAAUCGCGGUUUCGACCCCGGCGUGGAUACUUAUGAUGCACCGCCCUCAGAUGGUGGCAAAGUUAAAGUCGAUGUGGACGCGAAAAGCCAAAGAUUGCAGCUCCUAGAACCGUUUGAUAAAUGGGACGGCAAGGACUUGGAGGAUUUAACAAUUCUGAUUAAAGUCAAAGGCAAAUGCACCACGGAUCACAUCUCCGCGGCUGGUCCAUGGCUCAAGUAUCGUGGACAUCUCGAUAACAUUUCCAACAAUAUGUUCCUCGGCGCCGUCAAUUCCGAAAAUGGUGAGAUGAACAAGAUCAGGAAUCAAUUGACGAACGAAUGGGGUGGCGUGCCCGAUGUCGCACGCGAUUACAAGAAGAAGGGCGUAAAGUGGGUCGCCGUAGGAGACGAAAACUACGGUGAGGGUUCCUCCAGGGAGCACGCCGCGUUAGAACCGCGUCAUCUCGGCGGCCGCGCCAUCAUCGUCAAGAGCUUUGCUCGUAUCCACGAGACGAACUUGAAGAAGCAAGGUCUCUUGCCUUUGACUUUCGCAGACCCUGCCGAUUACGAUAAGAUUCAACCUAACGAUAAGAUCAGUCUUCUCGGUCUGAAGGAUCUGGCGCCUGGCAAGCCAGUGAAAGCGCAAAUCAAACACAAGGACGGUAAGGUCGACACCAUCAGUCUAAACCAUACAUUGAACGAACAGCAGAUCGGUUGGUUCAAAGCUGGUUCCGCCUUGAAUCGCAUGAAGGAACUUUCGUCUGGACGAUAAGCCAAUCGCCUCUCAAGAGGAUUAGCCGAUUCAUAACGCAUAGCGCAUUCGCAAAAAUGGAGAAAAUGUGCCGCAGAAUGGGGCGAAGCCGAUCAGGGUGUAUGACAUCGUCAUCAUAUUUCUUCUCUCUUGGAUAAAUGAACGAUACUCCACGGUGCCUGGUCAAAUAACACGAAUCUGAAAUAUCUAAAAAUACCUAAAAGGCGCCUUUUAAAUGUCCUUUAGUUAUAUUUUAGAUGUAGUGUUAUUUGGAAGAUUUGUUUUUUUUCUGUUGUUUUAUCUGUUUCGGUUUUAACUUGACAAUACUCUGAUCUCUUUUAGGAGAAGAUGCAUGCUUCAAUACGGAAACUCUGAUGGAUGUAACCUUAUUCUAUGGUACUUCAUAUAUCAUGUAGUCACGAUCGUAGACUGAUCAUGUUGAUUCCAACAUGUCGAUGCGUUCGUUUCUAAAUUCUGUACAGCUCACACAGCGUUGUUACAUGUACAUAUUUACUACUAGCAAACGCCGUCGUUAUUUUCUAGUUGUUGACUGUUUUAGAAAAUUGUCUCGCCAUUGAGAACAAAUAAAUCAUGAGUCAACGAGUGA